GUAUGUGAAUGGCACUAGCAUACGGGAUGCUGGUAGUGUUACUCAGUGUAGAAGCUUGCACGUAUAGGCCUACACGUUGUAUUAUGUAAAACAAACGGUAGUGCAUGAAUUAAAUUGUAAUUUCGAAACCGUUUUGCAUCGGACGAAAACAGCAUAAACGUGGUUUCACAAGCAUGUAACAUGCACGUGUCGUCGUUCUAACAUUUCAUCCACAUAUCAACCGUAAAUCACAUCAACGUCAACGUUCGCAAAUUUGGAUUCCAAGAUGUCAAACUUUCACCUACGCGGAACCGGUCAGGAGGACCAUAGCCUACUCAAUGAGGACCAGGUGGUCGUGAAGAAGCGCCUCGAGCACGCCUCUAGGUGGCGCCCCAGGCUCACUUCCUGUCGUUGCUGGACCAUCGCGGCCUUGCUGGCCGCCUUCUGGCUGACCUUCUUCGGGCUGUGGCUCUACUUCAGCUACUUCAGGGACGCUGGGGGCGCUGCCGGCUCCGGAGCGGUCGGUCGCAACGUCAAGGCCGAUCUGGUAGUCUUGCCGCAGGAUUUGGCCGACGCGACGGGGGCUUACUGUCUGGACGGCAGUCCGCCAUCUUACUACUUCCGCAAUGCGUCUUCCGAGGAACACCACAAUUCCUGGAUUAUCCAUUUAUUGGGCGGUGCGUGGUGCUACAACAACUCCGAAUGCGCACGCCGUAGUGCCACCGACCUGGGGUCAUCGCGCAUGCUCAGUCCAAAGCAGCUCUUUGGCGGCAUCCUGUCGGCCAAUUUCACAGUCAAUCCGGACUUUUACGACUGGAAUGUUGCAGUCGUGAACUACUGCGACGGAGCCUCGUUUUCUGGUGACCGGGAAGAUCCCAUUAAUUAUAACAACACAAAGAUGUACUACCGGGGCUCCAGGGUGCUCGAUGCCGUCAUAAGUUAUUUACUCCAAUCAGCAGGACUACAGAGGGCCGACAGGGUCAUUCUGAGCGGCGCAUCUGCCGGGGCACUUGCUGUCUACCUUCACGCUGAUCGUGUCAGCAGCAUGGUUCCCGACGACGCCUCCUUCAAAGCCGUGGCAGACGGGGGUUUCUUCGUGCCCGAGGCGGAUACCAGUGGUGGAAACAGGUGGGAAAACGCCAUGAAGGACGUCUACCAAAUGCAACAGGUGGAAGGGAGCCUUGAUGAAGACUGUCUGCUUGCCAAAGGCAAGAACAAAUGGGAGUGUUUCUUCGCACAGUACGCCUACCCGUACGUCACCACCCCCAUGUUUGUCAUCAACUCCGCUUACGACAGGUUGGCUCUGAAGAACAUCCUCGGAGUCCGCUGUCGCCCUACUGAGUGCAGUAAGGAGGAGCUCCGGGUAAUUGGGGAGCACAGGCGAACCUUCCUGCAGCGUACGGACCAGAUCAACCGUUACAACAAAGACGGCAUGUUCCUGACAUCCUGCUACGAUCACAAACAGGCCUCCUCGGACUAUUUCUGGAUGACUUACAAAGUGGCUGGAAGAACGACUAGGGAGGCCUUCGCCGACUGGUAUUACGAACGGACGACGACGGCCGAGACGCGGGACGUAGACUGCGGCUCUCUGACGUGCAACCCCACUUGUAGAGGCAAUCGAUAG